AAUCAAUGAUAAUAACAUGAACCCUCUCUCUCAACUCUCUCACUCACUCUCUCUCAGUGCCAACAAAACCAAGCCACACACAGAGAGAAACACACAAACAAAGUUAGCAGCAUUUGCACGUUGAAUCUCCCAAUUGGUUCGCAAAAUCAAGGAAUAACAUGACGUGACCCAUCACUCAUUGCUUCUCCUUUCCCUUCUCUUCUUCCACACUCGUCGGAAAAUUCUCUCAAUUUCACUCCCUUCUUCUUCUACUUAACACCGCAUUUUGGUUCAGGGAAUCGUUUUUCAGCGAUUUUCCCAUCUGGGUAUCUUUUGUUUUUGAUUUUUUUUGCAAUUUUUGUUGUUGGGUAACGAUGGGGAAUGUGAAUGGGAGAGAAGAUUUGAACGGUUCUUCACCAUCUGGGGCUGAAGAUGAAGAAGAGGAACGAGGUUUUGACAGUGUGGGUGAUUGCAUGUCUCUGCCUGAUGGGGUUCUUCACCCUGCACCACCGUCUGAAUUGAUGGGUCAUUCUCCCCCUGCUAGCCCUAGAGCAACGCAAUCUCCACUCAUGUUCACCCCUCAAGUCCCGGUGGUUCCGCUACAAAGACCUGAUGAAAUGCAUGCUCCAUGUCCUUCCUGGAUGCAAACUACUUCAGGGUAUGAAGAUGUGUACAAUGAACUAGGAAUUCCAACAAUGAUUACUUGGAGUUAUGAUGGUAAAGAUGUAGCUGUGGAGGGAUCAUGGGAUGAUUGGAAAACAAGAAUGCCCUUGCAGAAAUCAGGAAAGGACUUUACAAUAAUGAAGGUACUGCCAUCUGGUGUUUACCAGUAUAGAUUUGUUGUUGAUGGACAGUGGAGAUACGCACCUGAGUUGCCUUGGGCCCAAGAUGAUGCUGGGAAUGCUUACAACAUUCUGGACUUACAGGAGUAUGUUCCUGAAGACAUUGGAGGCAUUUCUAGUUUUGAACCUCCUAAAUCACCAGACUCUAGCUACUCCAACUUACAACUUGGCUCUGAAGAUUAUGCAAAGGAGCCGCCAUUGGUUCCUCCAUUCCUGCAAAUGACGCUUCUGAAUGUUCCUUCAGCAAAUAUGGAAACCCAACCUCUUCCAUCCAGGCCUCAGCAUGUGGUGCUCAAUCAUCUCUACAUGCAGAAAGGAAAGAGCAGCCCCUCAGUGGUUGCACUCGGUACGACUCAUCGGUUUGUAGCCAAAUAUGUCACUGUGGUGCUGUACAAGUCUAUGCAGAGAUAAAUUACAUAUAUGAUAUGGACGGAGCAACCUUUAAAGUCUUUUAUUAGUUAAUAUGGCUUACAAGAGUGAGAAAUUCUAAGCUCCAUCAGGAUCAUUACAUGAAAGUCAAGAUUGUGUUGGCAUAAAAUGCAAUUGCUUGAUGGUCAUUCAUCAUGCAAUUUUUUACAUCAUUUGAUGAUGCUUUUUUUUGGUACAAGUCAUUUGAUGAUGCUAUUUCUAGGAAUUUUGAUCAGAACACAAAAAUAAAAGGGAGAAGUAAAAGGUAAUUCCAUCA